GCAGCACAUUCCACAGAAGCCGUUGAAGGAUAAUGAUGAGCUGCUUGAGCGUUGCGGACCGCCGCCUCAUCGAGGCCGUCGCCACCAUGGAUGCGGAGAAGGAGGCGAUGGGCUACGAUGCGCAGCAGCACCGGCGGCUGCAAUGCCGCAAGAGCCAAAAGUCCUUCCGGGAUCGCAAGAAGAAGGAGCACGAAGCCAUCAUCACGACCGUGACGGCGCUGCAGGACGAGGUUGCGGCGCUGCAGCAGCGCGCGGCGAGCCUCGUGCGCCAAGUACCGCUCGUCCACGUGCUCCGCAUUCAGCCCGACUUUGAUGGCGGGCCCACGGCCAAGAUGGCCCGCCAAUACAUUACACUUUUUAAGCAGGGCUACAACUCGUCGAGGCGCAAGCUCAGCGUCAAGCAGGCCAACUUCCUCACGGCCGUCGCAGUGCCCCAUGUUCGAUACGACCACGGCGUCGGCGUCCAGUGCAUCUUGGACAAUUGGCAGCGCUACACGUCGUCGUUCUCGUCGGUGUCGAUGGAGAUGCACGACUGCGUCGUUACCAAGACGGACGACGGCGCGAUCGUCAAGGGUGUCGUCAAGUCCUUCCUCAAGAUCAGCCGCAACUCGAUUAGCACCUUCUUCCCGUACUGCCCCGACCACCUCAAGUCCCGGCUUGUCGGUCAAGUCAUGACGGUGUAUGCGACGAUGCACUGGUGCUUUGACGAGGACGACCAUCUCGUCGCGCUCACGGGCAACGCCGACUUUACGUCCGCGCUCCUCUCGAUCUUGCACGAUAUCGACGCCGUCGCGGCCGUUCUCAACCAAGCCGCCUUUAAGCACAUCCCCGAAGAGCCCGUCGCGCCGCCGCAAAAAAAAAUGGACCUCUCGUACAUCACCUAAUAUUGUAGUCGGCAACUAUAAGAAAAACGUAGUACACGAUGUUUGUGAAUAACACCUAGCCC